CUGAGUGUCAGUCCUGACAGAUCUCAGUUCUUUGAAUUUGAGUCUGUCUCUCUGAGCUGUGAGGUUCAGGGGAACUCGACUGGAUGGAGAAUGAUGAGGAACGCAGAGAGAGGAAACCUUUCAGAGUGUAGUACUGACUGGGGAAAACAUCAAGGGUCUUCAUGCAUCGUGUCACUAACACCAUCAUCCAGUGGAGUGUACUGGUGUGAGUCUGGGUCUGGAGAACACAGCAAUGCUGUCAACAUCACAGUACAUGCUGGUGCUGUGAUCCUGGAGAGCCCUGCCCUUCCUGUGACUGAGGGAGAUUAUGUGACUCUGCGCUGCAGACAUCAGGUAACUCCCUCUGACCUCACAGCUGUUUUCUACAAAGAUGGAUCCCUCAUCAGGGCUGAGUCUUCAGGAGAGAUAACCAUCCCUGCAUUAUCCAAGUCAGAUGAAGGACUCUACAAGUGUUCCAGCUCGAAAGGAGAAUCACCAGAGAGCUGGAUGACUGUGACAGCUGGGGACUCUACCCCAUCCUCCUCCCCUCCCUCCUCCCUCCCCCCCUCUCUCCUCCUCCCUCUCUCUGUCUCUGGGUUGGUGGCUGCUCUCUCCAUCUCUCUGAUCAUUCUACUGGUCCUGUUCUGCAAGAGGAACAAAGAUGGAGCAGCUGAACCCAGAGAUGUUACGUAUGCUGACGUUAGAAUCAUACAGGAACCAGAACCCAGGAGAAGGAGAGAGAAGUCUCCAGGAGCUGAUCCAGUCUACUCUGCAGUGAAGACCUCCAACACCACAGUUCCAGGUGGAUCUGGUCCAGGUGAUGUGAACAAUGCUGACAUCAACCACACUGUUAAGAGACAACACAACAGGAGGAGAGAGAACGUUGUUCCAGACCCUGUCUACUCAGCAGUGAAGACAGACAGACAGAGAUACAGGUAGAGCUGUAUCUGGAUCCAGGGAAGUAAUGUACAGACUGAGUGACCCUGAUCAUCAGAACGUCAUGGUGUUGGAGGUCUUCACUGCAGUAGACUGGAUCAGCUGCGCUGUCCCUCACUCAUCUCUCUCUCCUCUCUCUUUACCUAGUGACCCUGUUCAUCAGAACGUCAUGGUGGAUGGAAAAAAUAUGCUCUCUUCAGCAGCGGUGAAUAACCACAACUCUGUCGGUCCAUCUCUUUAUUUCUCCUUUCUCUUAUCUUCUCUCUCAGUCCUUCCCUUUUCACACCAACGGACUUAUCUUUAGACACUGCAGCCUUGACCGCCAUCAACAACAUCAGCAACAGAGAAGUGUGAAGUUUCUACAACAGAGUUAGAGUCAGUUUAUCAUAUUCUUCUCCUUAGACGUUGCAGUCUUGACCUCCAACAGCUAAACCACUGACUGGAACUAUCAACCACAGAGUUAGUCAGUUUAUCAUGAGAACAUACAGACACCACUGACUGCAACUAUCAACAACAAGAGUUAGUUUAUCAUGAGAACAUACAGACACCACUGACUGGAACCAGCUGACAGUAUCAGUUGUAAAGGCUUCAUUACUACUAACAGAAGGAAAGUUGUAGUGUUGUGUCUAUGAUGAAUGAUGUGAAGGCUUCAAUGUGUUUUAUAUUGUAAUUGUUUAUGUCCAAUUGGAUAUUUCUGUAAUGUAAUUGUGUGUUUUUAUCUUGAGCAACACCAGUGUAUGGUUGCCAACUUACCAAAUAAAGCUUCCUGGACCUCGUG